GGUGUGGUGAUAAUCAGUCCAGAUUCAAACCACGACAUACGACAUCAGCAUACGGGAUGUCACUUCCUCAACACAACACUACGUGUUUACUGGACUGGUUUCCAUGACGACGAAUCACACAUUGCUGGAUUCCGGGUCACUAUUGGUCGAGCCCCACUGGGUGCGGACAUCAUACCGUAUAAAGACUUAAAGAUUGACUCGGAAGCUAAGUUUGAGUUAAGUCAGCAAUAUGGACUGUCUCGAGGUGACAAAAUAUUCGCAACAGUUGAGGCAACCAAUCAAGCUGGGCUUAUCACAAAAGUUUCGUCGCAACCUACAAGACUUCUAUCCGAUACAGACAACAACCUACUUAACCAGCAAGAUUUUCUUUGUGUAAAUCUUUGA